AUGAAAACAUGUUCAUUUCGUCAUGCUCGAUCACGUACAUUGAAUGAAGGUCUCUUUUGUUUACAAGAACCAGAAGUUCAAUGUGAAUUAGUUGCAUGUGGUAAUUGUGGAUUAUGUUAUCCACAAUAUGACAUGAAAUAUCGAUCGAAAAAAUCGAUUCUUGAAUUUAAUCAAGCUCAUAAACAUACAUUUCUCAAUGGAUAUCAAGCCAUUUUAAAUUGUUCAGCAUCAUGUCAUACACGAAAUAUUAUUUAUGCAUUGACAUGUCCAUGCGAUAAAUU